AUGGGUGUACCUUUAUUUGGGGAUAGCAAGCCCUUCUAUUUCCGGAUGUGGAAUGGACUAAGUCAGAAGUUGCAAGGCAAAAAAUCCUGGGAUAAACAUCUGGAUGAAAUCUACUUACUCCAGCAGAAAAGGAUCUGGGAAUCCCCACUCCUCCAGGCUGCCAAAGAGAACAACCUAGCAGCCAUUAGGAAACUUCUCACUGACGGAACAUGCGAUAUCUAUCAGAGAGGUGCAGUUGGGGAGACCGCCCUUCAUGUAGCUGCCUUGUAUGGUAAUGUGGAGGCUGCAGUGACUCUGAUGGAAGCAGCUCCCGAGCUUGUCAAUGAGACGAUGACAUCAGAGCUCUAUGAAGGGCAGACAGCUCUCCACAUUGCAGCAGUGAACCAGAACAUCACUUUGGUGAAGGCUUUACUCAAGAGAGGGGCCAAUGCCUGCACAGCACAGGCCACUGGGCACUUCUUCAGGCGCAGUUCCCAGAAUCUUCUCUAUUUUGGAGAGCAUGUUUUAUCAUUUGCUGCCUGUGUGGGAAAUGAGGAAAUUGUACAGUUGCUCAUUGAAAAUGGAGCUGACAUUAGAGCUCAAGACUAUCUGGGUAACACUGUUCUUCACAUCCUGGUUCUCCAACCUAAUAAGACAUUUGCCUGCCACAUGUACAGCCUGAUACUUUCCUAUGACAGGAACAAAGAGGGACCAGGAUCACUUGAAUUGAUUCCUAACAAUGAGGGGCUUACUCCAUUCAAACUGGCUGGAGUUGAGGGCAACACUGUGAUGUUUCAAUACCUUAUGCAGAAGCGGAAGCACAAUCUCUGGUCCUUUGGCCCCUUGACCACUGUGCUCUAUGAUCUCACAGAGAUUGACUCCUGGGCUGAAGAUCAGUCAUUCCUUGAGCUCAUUGUCUCAACCAAAAAGAGAGAGGCACGCCAGAUCUUGGACCUAACACCUGUGAAGGAGCUGGUCAGCCUGAAGUGGAAUAUGUAUGGUCGUCCCUAUUUCUGUUUCCUGGCUUUAUUCUAUAUACUUUACAUGGUCUGCUUUACUAUGUGCUGCGUCUACCGACCACUGAAACCCCGAACAGGCAACAAAACAAGCAGCAGAGACAAUACAGUCUAUGUCCAGAAAAUGCUGCAGGAAUCAUAUAUGACAUAUGAGGACGAGCUGAGGCUGGUGGGGGAGCUGAUCACAGUCAUUGGAGCUGUAGUAAUUUUGAUCCUUGAGAUCCCAGAUAUCCUUAGAGUUGGAGCAGCAAAAUAUUUUGGACAAACUAUCCUAGGAGGACCUUUUCACAUAAUUGUCAUCACAUAUGCUUGCAUGAUUCUAGUGACCAUGGUGAUGCGUCUCACCAGCACAACUGGUGAGGUGGUGCCCAUGUCCUUUGCCCUGGUGCUAGGAUGGUGCAAUGUCAUGUACUUCGCACGAGGCUUCCAGAUGCUUGGACCCUUUACCAUCAUGAUCCAGAAGAUGAUAUUUGGAGAUCUUAUGCGCUUUUGCUGGCUCAUGGCUGUGGUGAUACUAGGCUUUGCAUCAGCUUUUUACAUCAUCUUCCAGACAGAGAACCCUGAAAACCUUGGGCAAUUCUACAACUAUCCCAUGUCCUUGUUCACCACCUUUGAGCUGUUCCUUACUAUCAUUGAUGGCCCUGCAAACUACGAUGUGGACCUGCCUUUUAUGUACAGCGUGGUAUACUUUGCCUUCGCCAUCAUUGCCACCCUCCUUAUGCUCAACUUGUUAAUUGCCAUGAUGGGUGACACCCACUGGAGAGUGGCCCAUGAGCAGGAUGAGCUCUGGAGAGCCCAGGUUGUUGCUACUACUGUCAUGCUGGAGCGGAAACUGCCACGGUGUCUAUGGCCUCGCUCUGGAAUCUGUGGGCGGGAGUAUGGGCUAGGGGACCGGUGGUAUCUCAGAGUUGAAGACAGGGUUGAUCCCAACAAACACAAGAUGAUGCGGUACACGGAAGCAUUUAAGGCUCAGGAUAACUAUGACAAAGAUUUGGAAAAGCUGGAAAUCAAUGGAAACAUCCUGUACAAGAAGGAACUGUCUUCUCUGUCAUUGUCACGGAGCACAUCCAGGACUAGUUCUCACCGUGGCUGGGAGAUCCUGAGGCGCAACACCUUCCACCAACUUCGUGGAGAGCCUGGUCAUGCCAUGGAAGAGGAGGUCUAUGAUGUCUAG